AUGGCAGACAAGAACGAGAAAACAAACAUUACGGCUCCCGAUCCACAAGCCGCUGCUGUUGAACCCGUCACACCCAGGGACCCAGAAGAUGCCACGUUCGCCAUUGAUGUCGACAAGGCAUAUGAGAAGGAUGAAAACCCAGACUUUGAUGAGAAGAAGAUCAGGCCAGAGCUGAGGGCGACCAAAAGCCAUGCCACCGAUACCAGCGUCGCCACCACUACUGCUACCCGUCGACAACCAGAAAGCAAACCAUGGUACAAGACGCCAAAUCCCCUAAAAUGGGGUGGCAUUCCUCCCGUUCCCGAUGAGAAAAUUGUGUCCCGAGAGUACAAAGCCGGCUUCCUCAGUCUCUUGACUUUCCAAUGGAUGGCCCCUCUGAUGAGUGCCGGAUACAAGCGGCAGCUUGAACCCAACGAUAUCUGGGCUGUCAAUCCAGACAGGGCCACAGAUGUCAUGACAGACAAAUUGAAAGCUUCUUUCAAGAAACACAUCGACAAUGGAGACAAGUAUCCCUUGCUGUGGGCAAUGCACGAGACUUACUUCUUCGAAUUUUGGCUUGGUGGCAUGCUACAGCUCGCAUCGACCAUCUUUCAGGUCAUGUCACCCUUCACCCUGCGCUAUCUCAUCCAGUUUGCGAACGAUGCCUACGCAGCUUCUCAACAGGGCUUGCCGCCUCCUGCGAUCGGGAGGGGGAUCGGCUUGGUGAUCGGUGUAACCGUCAUGCAGAUUCUCCAGAGUUUGGGCACGAAUCAUUUCAUCUACCGCGGCAUGAUGAUUGGCGGCCAGUCAAGAGCAGUGCUCAUCAGCUUAAUCUUUGAAAAGUCCAUGUCUCUGUCUGGACGUGCCAAAGCUGGUGGUCUCAAGGACUCCGCCAACUCUCCGCAAGUAGAUGAGAAAGGCAAGAAGAAGGCCCAAAAGAAUGCGAAGAAGGGAGAAGCUAAAGGUCCUGGCAUUUCCGGAGAUGGCUCAGGAUGGGGUAAUGGCCGAGUUGUCAACCUCAUGAGCGUCGAUACAUACCGUAUCGAUCAAGCGUCCGCUCUGUUCCACCUGACGUGGACCGCGCCAAUCUCCUGCUUGAUCACGCUCGUCGUCCUGCUCAUCAACUUGAGCUAUAGUGCUCUUGCCGGAUUCGCUCUCUUGGUCGCUGGUAUUCCCUUACUGACAAGAGCCAUCAGAAGCUUGUUCAAGCGGAGAAAGUCCAUCAAUAAAAUCACGGACCAGAGGGUAAGCUUGACUCAAGAGAUCCUGCAAUCAGUCCGUUUCGUCAAGUACUUUGGGUGGGAGACCGCGUUUCUGGACCGUCUCAAGGAAAUUCGAAAACGGGAAAUCCACGCCAUUCAGAUCUUGCUGGCAAUCCGAAACGCCAUCAACGCCGUCAGUAUGUCGCUGCCCAUCUUCGCCUCCAUGCUUUCCUUCAUCACUUAUGCAAAGACCAACAACGCUUUGAACCCCGCCGAGGUCUUCUCCUCGUUGGCUCUUUUCAAUGGUCUACGAAUGCCGCUCAACCUCCUGCCGCUAGUCCUCGGUCAAGUCGUCGAUGCCUGGUCGUCUCUGAAGCGUAUUCAAGAGUUUCUGCUGGCCGAGGAGCAGGAGGAAGAUGUGGUUCUCAAGCCAGAGGGAGAGAACGCCCUGGAGAUGACAAAUGCCAGCUUCACCUGGGAGCGGACUGCAACGCAGGAGUCCGAAAAGACUGCGGACGGUGUCACUAAGGGGGCUAAGAAGGGUACUACGCAGGCUCCUGCACCCGCAAAGAAUGUCUCCAAGCCUGAUGAGCCACUGGCCUCAUCUGGUGAUAGUACGGGAGACGGUGCCAGCACACUUGUCGAAGAAGAGCGGGAACCUUUCAAGCUGCACGGCAUCAACUUUGAGAUCAAGAGGGAUGAGCUUGUCGCAGUCAUUGGGACAGUCGGGAGCGGCAAGACUUCGUUGCUGGCCGCGCUCGCAGGCGACAUGAGGAAAACAUCCGGCGAAGUCGUGCUUGGUGCUUCCCGAGCUUUUUGCCCUCAAUAUGCCUGGAUUCAGAACACCACGGUCCGGGACAACAUUCUCUUCGGGAAGGAUAUGGACCGGGCAUGGUACCAAGAAGUCAUCAACGCUUGUGCUCUGCGGCCCGAUCUUGCCAUGCUUCCGAACGGAGAUUUGACAGAAAUUGGCGAACGAGGAAUCACAAUUUCUGGAGGACAAAAGCAACGUCUCAACAUUGCCAGGGCCAUCUACUUCGACUCCGAUAUUGUGCUUAUGGACGACCCUCUAAGCGCCGUUGACGCCCAUGUGGGACGUCACAUCUUUGAUAAUGCCAUCCUCGGUCUCCUGAAGGGCAAAUGCAGAAUCCUGGCAACACAUCAGCUCUGGGUUCUUAAUAGAUGCGACAGAGUCAUUUGGAUGGAGGGCGGCAAGAUUCAGGCCGUCGACACCUUUGACAACUUGAUGAGGGACCACCGUGGCUUCCAGCAACUCUUGGAGACAACUGCACAAGAAGAGAAGGAGGACGAGACCGCGCCGACCAAUCUGGCCGAGGCUCCUCAAGGCGACAAGAAAAAGAACAAAAAGGGCGCUGCUCUCAUGCAACAAGAAGAGCGCGCCGUGGCAAGCGUCCCUUGGAAGGUGUACGGAGACUUUAUCCGCGCCUCUGGGUCCCUCCUAAACGCAUCCUUUUUGCUCUUCCUCCUGAUACUCUCCCAAGGAGCGAACAUCAUGACCAGUCUCUGGCUUUCUUACUGGACAAGUAAGCGUUACCCGCUAUCUGACGGACAGUAUAUUGGCAUAUACGCCGGUCUGGGUGGUCUCCAAGCGAUCCUCAUGUUCGUCUUCUCGCUACUCUUGUCCAUCCUCGGCACCAAGUCUAGCAAGGUCAUGCUCCGACAGGCAGUGACCAGAGUUCUCCGUGCUCCAAUGUCUUUCUUCGACACCACGCCCCUUGGUCGGAUCACCAAUCGAUUCUCUCGAGAUGUGGACGUGAUGGACAACAACUUGACGGACGCCAUGAGAAUGUACUUCUUGACGCUGGUCAUGAUCACAUCCGUCUUUGCCCUUAUCAUCGCCUUCUUCCCUUAUUUCGCCAUCGCGCUUGGACCAUUGUUCGUCUUCUUCAUCCUCGCUUCCUCUUACUACCGCACAUCGGCACGAGAGGUCAAGCGUUUCGAGUCGGUUCUUAGAUCCACCGUCUUCGCAAAGUUUGGCGAAGGACUGAGCGGUGUUGCAAGCAUUCGAGCGUAUGGUCUCAAGACUCAUUUCAUUGCCGACUUGAGAAAGUCCAUUGACGAGAUGAACGCUGCGUAUUACCUCACGUUCUCGAACCAGCGCUGGUUAUCGACUCGCCUCGACAUGAUUGGUAACCUGCUUGUCUUUACAGUGGGUAUUCUCGUCGUGACCUCGCGGUUCAGCGUGUCGCCGAGCAUCGGAGGCCUGGUGCUCAGCUACAUCCUCGGUAUCGUGCAAAUGAUCCAAUUCACCGUCCGUCAACUCGCGGAAGUUGAAAACGGUAUGAACGCCGUGGAGAGAAUCCAGUACUACGGCACUCAGCUGGAAGAGGAGGCCCCCUUGCACACCAUCGAAGUCCGGCCGGAGUGGCCUGAAAAGGGCGAGAUCGUCUUCGAUAACGUGGAGAUGCGCUACCGCGCCAACUUGCCUCUUGUGCUUUCUGGCCUGUCGAUGCACGUACAAGGAGGCGAGCGUAUCGGCAUCGUCGGCCGGACGGGUGCGGGCAAGUCGUCCAUCAUGUCCACCCUUUUCCGUCUUGUCGAGCUGUCGGGUGGUCACAUUACCAUUGACGGCGUCGACAUUUCGACAAUCGGUCUGCAUGAUCUGCGAUCCCGCCUGGCAAUUAUUCCACAAGAUCCGACCCUUUUCAAAGGUACAGUCCGCUCCAAUCUCGACCCGUUCAGCGAGCAUACGGAUCUGGAGCUCUGGUCUGCCCUGCGGCAGGCCGAUCUUGUCCCCGCAGACGCGAACCUAGAGGAUCCGAGGUCCAAGGAGUCAUCGAGCACUCACCUCGACUCCGUCGUCGAAGAAGAUGGUCUCAAUUUCUCCUUGGGACAGAGGCAGCUCAUGGCCCUGGCGCGUGCUCUCGUCCGCGGCAGCCGCAUCAUUGUCUGCGACGAGGCGACCUCAUCCGUCGACAUGGAAACGGACGACAAAAUCCAGAACACCAUCGCCACGAGCUUCAGGGGCAGGACGCUGUUAUGCAUCGCCCAUCGUCUGCGCACAAUCAUCGGCUACGACCGCAUCUGCGUCAUGGACGCCGGCCGAAUCGCGGAGCUGGAUACGCCUCUUGCUCUGUGGCAGCGGGAGAGCGGUAUCUUCAGGAGCAUGUGCGACCGCAGUGGCAUCAGGUUGGAGGACAUCCGCGGCGCGAGCGAGGGCGCCACCCCGAAUGUUCAGGCGGGCGGAUCAAAUUAG